CACUUGCACUGCAUCUGCAUCUUCUUCUUUCCUUUGGAUCUUUUAACGCCAACAAUCCAAGCGCUCCCAGAGUGCCAGUCCCCAUGCCGUGCCGUGCCGUGCCUCGCCGGGCUGUUCGGUGUUUUUUAAUCCUGUCCUUAUGAUUCGGAUCCCCCCUGCCUGCUCCCUUUUGCCGGGUCACUCACGUGCUCUCGUCAAACCGCUGUCUCUCGUCCAGUCGUGGUCAAAGCCCCAGUGCCUCCAAGCCAUCCUCCUCCUAUCUAGCUAGCCAGUGGUAGUCUCCAUUGCCGCACACACUUGAAGAGGGCAGCUGAGCUCCAUAAACCCUCUCACGAAGUUGUCUUGGCGGGUUGAUCUUUUGGCUGUGGGUGUAAUGGAGCUGGGGCUGAGCCUGGGGGAGGCUCCGGCCGUGGCGGAUGCCGGGAGGCCGGCGCCGGAGCUGGUGCUUGGGCUCGGGGUCGGGGCCGGGAGGGGAGGAGAUCAGGAGGGCGAUAAGCGGAGGAGGGAGGCGGCGGCGGGAGCGGGAUGGUGGGCUGCGGCCACCGCCGCCUCGCCGGAGCCGUCCGUGCGACUCAGCCUCGUCUCGAGCCACGGGCUCCGGUGGCCUUCCGACACUGGGCGUUCGGAAGCCACGGCGCGGGGGUUCGACGUGAACCGAAUGCCGUCGGUGGCGGUGGGGACGGAGCUGGAGGAGGAAGAAGAUGACCCGGCCGCGGCGGCCGCCUUGUCUUCUUCGCCCAACGACGACAGCGGCGGCUCCUUCCCGUUUGACCUCUCCGCGCACGGCGGCCAUCUGGGCACUAGCGAGGCGGCGGCGGAGGCGGCGCUGGCCGGCGGUGGCGAGCGGUCGUCAUCCCGCGCGAGCGACGACGACGAGGGAGCGUCGGCGCGCAAGAAGCUGCGCCUCUCCAAGGACCAGUCCGCGUUCCUCGAGGAGAGCUUCAAGGAGCACAGCACCCUUAACCCCAAGCAGAAGGUGGCGCUAGCGAAGCAGCUGAACCUCCGGCCACGCCAAGUCGAGGUCUGGUUCCAGAAUCGUAGAGCCAGGACGAAGCUGAAGCAGACGGAGGUGGACUGCGAGUACCUGAAGCGCUGCUGCGAGACGCUGACGGAGGAGAACCGGCGGCUGCACAAGGAGCUCUCGGAGCUGCGCGCGCUCAAGACGGCGCAGCCCUUCUACAUGCACCUCCCGGCCACCACCCUCUCCAUGUGUCCUUCCUGCGAGCGCGUCGCCUCCAACCCCGCCGCCGCCGCAUCCUCUUCCGCCUCCAAGGUCAUCAGCAAGGCCGCCGCCGCGCCCGAGCAGCGGACCUCCUCCGCCUUCGCUGCCCUGUUCGCCUCGCCCCGCGGUGGCUUCCCGCUGGCCGCGCAGACGCGGCCGCCGCCACCGCCGGCGGCGAGCAACUGUUUGUAAAUACCCGCCGUUGUUAAUUUGGUUGGUUCUCGUGAGAAUUUUUGGAUGCGGAGAAGCGAUGUUGCUUCGGUGGGAUUAAUUAACCCGGAUUUGUUGUUUAGCCAGCCAUCUCUUUGUUUUUUAAGACCAGAAGAUGGAGAGUUAACCCGUUGAUCCAUGAUCAUUGCCGCCUAUAAAAAUGAACAUUGUUACGAGUAGAAA